AUGACAGGUCGUGGAAAAGGCGGAAAAGGCUUGGGGAAAGGAGGCGCGAAACGCCACAGGAAAGUCCUGCGAGAUAACAUCAAGCCUGCCAUUCGUAGAUUGGCCAGGAGAGGAGGAGUAAAAAGGAUCUCUAGUCUGAUUUACGAAGAAACCCGUGGUGUUUUGAAGAUAUUUUUGGAAAAUGUAAUCCGAGACGCGGUUACUUACACAGAGCACGCUAGAAGGAAAACCGUGACAGCUAUGGAUGUUGUCUAUGCCCUGAAGCGUCAAGGCCGCACUCUUUAUGGAUUCGGAGGAUGAUGACUCCAUACGAAAAAAAAAAACAAAAAAAAAUUGGAGAAAA